AUGGGAAUACUUUCUCUCACCCAUCUCUCUCUCUGUGUUGGAUUUACUCUUUUCUUGGAUAUUUAUUUCAAGACAACACCUGGAGGAGGAGGUCUGAAAUACUCCCUACCCACUGAAUCAUGCCUAAAUGGAGGAAGAUGUGAAGCCACCACAAAUGGAAAUGGUGAAUGCAAGUGUGCCAGUGACUACAUAGGCAGUCGAUGCCAGUACACAAAUCCCUGCAGUCCGUCACCAUGCCGCAACGGUGGCGAAUGCCAUGCUGUUUCCCAUGGCAAUACGUUCGAUUUCCGCUGCGUGUGCCGCCUGGGUUUCACUGACCGGCUGUGUCUGACCCCCACCAACCAUGCCUGCAUGAGCUCCCCCUGUCGCAAUGGAGGGACAUGUCAUCUCACUGCCCUCAAUGCCUACCGCUGUGACUGUCCACCUGGAUGGUCUGGUAAAACCUGCCAGGUUGCCAACCCAUGUGCUUCCAAUCCAUGUGCAAAUGGUGGCCUGUGCUCAGCCUUCGAUUCAGCCUAUAUCUGUAAAUGCCCACGCGCCUUUACUGGUCAAACCUGCAAGCAAGACGUAAACGAGUGUGCCCAGACCCCCUCUCCAUGUCUCAAUGGUGGCGUAUGCGUCAAUGAGGUGGGCUCAUACCACUGCCGUUGUCCUCAAGAGUAUACAGGCCAGCACUGUGAGAACCCUUACCUGCCAUGCAGUCCCUCACCAUGCCAGAAUGGCGGCACUUGUAUCCAGAAGGGGGACACCACUUACGACUGUAGCUGUCUUCCAGGCUUCACAGGCCACCACUGUGAGCAUAAUAUCGAUGACUGUCCAGGCCACAACUGCCAGAAUGGUGGUGUUUGUGUAGACGGGGUGAACACCUACAAUUGCAGAUGCCCACCUCAUUACACAGGUCAAUACUGCACAGAAAAUGUGGACGAGUGUGAGCUCAUGCCCAAUGCAUGCCAGAAUGGCGGGACAUGCCAUGACAUGCACGGUGGCUAUCACUGCGUCUGUGUCCAUGGGUGGACGGGCGACGACUGCAGCGAGAACAUCGACGACUGUGCCAGUGCAGCUUGUCAUCAUGGUGCCACCUGCCAUGACCGCGUGGCCUCGUUCUUCUGCGAGUGUCCUCAUGGACGCACAGGUCUGUUGUGCCACCUUGAUGAUGCGUGCAUCAGCAACCCAUGCCAAAAGGGCUCCAACUGUGACACCAACCCAGUUAAUGGCAAGGCAAUAUGCACCUGUCCCCCAGGUUAUACUGGAUCAGCCUGCAACCUGGAUAUUGCACUAUAGUAUCAUCCACGCAAAACCCACUUUCUUAUUAUUUCUUAUUAUUGCACUUUAUUAUUAUUGUACACGUAUGUACACGCAAACUGCAACACAAUUUUAAUGCACUUAAAGAGGCAUAAAUCGGGACUCCUGACUCUAAUAAUGACAGGUAUGCCUCAAGACAUAUCGACAUACUAAGUUAUGUGCGCAAAAAAACUCUGUAAUAGUGAGGUAUUAUAAUAGACUACCAUUAUAGAGUACUUGUGCCAGUAGUUCUGCAAAUAAAGAGCGCAAAUAGGCAUGUGUCCACUUGGGAGCACUAUAGUAUCAUCCACGCAAACCCCACUUUCUUAUUAUUGGUAAAGCAUGCAGACAUGAGCCACUGAAAUUUACAUGUGGCAGUCUGUUUAAAUACCAGGUUCCUUUCCACCUGAAGUCAAAUAAAACUUAAAUAUAAGGUGAUUUUGUCUUACUGAAUACACUCCCGUCAGAGUCAAAAUCUCAAAUAAACUUUAUUGUUAGUUCUGCAAUAUGUACAGGACACACACAGGAUCAAAAUGUCAUUUCCCCCUGACCCAUGGCAUGUAGCUACAAUCAAUCAAAAUAAAAUGAAACAGAGAGCUAUAAGAAUGUGAGAUACAGAUAUGAAAACAUAUAUGGGGCAUCAAAGUACGACUGUGAAUUGCACAAGAUAUAUAUACAAUUAUUGAUGUCUGUGUAAAAAAAAAAAAAGGCAUGAGGUGUAUGAGGUUAUUCUCAAAAUUAUAUAAAUCAUUGCAAGUCUAUGUACAUUACAGUGCAAGUGAGCAAACAUCAGUAUGAGACAGAAUGUGUAAACAGCAACAAUAUUGUCUUCUGUACACAACAGCAGCAUUAAAGUCCUUUAUGUAA